AUGCUACGAGAUUGCCCACAAGCACGGACCAACUGUGGCAACAGCGGAAAGUUGGGACAUAUUGCAAAUGUGUGUUGGGCUGCUCUUAAGAAGAGCAAUAGUGUGAGCACUAGCCAGAGGCCAAAAUCAAGAGGAAGCAUGGGGCCAAAGUCGAGCAUUCUAGAGAAGGUAUUUGCCAUGAGUGAGGUAGAGGCUUCACAGUCUAAGGAGCUAAUAAGAGGUAAAUAUGUUGUUAAGGGCAGAUUGUUAGAUGUGUUGUUUGACUCGAGUGUUAUGCACUCAUUCAUUUCCAUGGAAUGUGUUAAAUGUUUGGACUUGCAUGUGACUGAAUUGUCAUGCAAUGUUGUGGUGACUACCCCUACGGGUAAGCCAGUCAUAACCUCAUGGGUGUGUUUGUGGUAUUCUGCAAUGGUAUAUGGUAGGGACUUUGAGGUGAACUUGAUUUGUUUACCUCUUUUCCAAAUGGACGUGAGUUUGGAAAUGAAUUGGUUAUCCGCCAACCAUGUUUUGUUAGACUGGAAGGAAAAGACCUUGAUUUGUGGUGCACUGACAUUAGAAAUUACUAGACUUUUAAGUCAAAGUGCGUGGGGGAACACGAUUAAUGCUAAGGCCUUUAUGAUUAUGUUAUCACUAGAAGUUGAAAGUGCGGUGGAGUCAGAGUAUAUUCCAGUGAUGAGGGAGUUCUUGGAAGUUUUCCAUAACAAUGUUUCUGAGUUGCCACCAUAG